CACGUGACGGCGCGGCCGAGCGAGCGGGCCCGGCGGGGCCGGGCGGUGCGGGCGGCGGAGAGGGACCAUGUCCACACGGCGCCUCCGCAGCGAGGACUACAAUGACUACAGCUCCACGGAUGUGACACCUGAGGGCAGCCCUCCCGAUGGCAUGAAUGGCUUCGCGCACCCCGAGGCCUACCAGCGCUUCGGGGAGACCAACGGGACAACGUGGUACCAGACCCUGAUCCAUCUGCUGAAGGGGAAUAUUGGGACAGGGCUGCUGGGGCUGCCUCUGGCUGUGAAGAAUGCUGGCAUCCUGCUGGGUCCUCUGAGCCUGCUGGUGAUGGGAGUCGUGGCUGUGCACUGCAUGGGCAUCCUGGUCAAAUGUGCCCAUCACUUCUGCAACAGGUUCCAGAAGCAGUUCCUGGACUAUGGAGGUGCUGUGAUGUACGGGCUGGAGGCAACUCCCAGUGCCUGCCUGAGGACACAUGCCAUCUGGGGAAGGCGUAUAGUGGGACUUUUCCUGAUCAUCACUCAGCUGGGUUUCUGCUGUGUGUACUUUGUCUUUCUGGCGGACAAUCUGAAACAGGUUGUGUCUGCUGCAAAUGGGACCACCAAUGACUGCAGCCCAAACAGGACAGUGGUGAUGACCCCCACCAUGGACUCCCGCCUGUACAUGCUGUCCAUCCUGCCUUUCGUGGUGCUGCUCACCUUCAUCCAGAACCUCAAGGUCCUGUCCAUCUUCUCCAUGCUGGCCAACGUGGCCAUGCUUGGCAGCCUUGUAGUGAUCUACCAGUACAUCGUCAGGGAUAUUCCUGAUCCCAGAAACCUGCCUCUAGCAGCAGCCUGGAAGACCUACCCUCUGUUCUUUGGCACUGCAAUCUUUGCUUUUGAAGGCAUUGGUGUGGUGCUGCCUCUGGAGAACAAGAUGAAGAAGCCCCGUCAGUUCCCAGUGAUCCUGUACGUGGGGAUGAGCAUUGUCACCAUCCUGUACAUCAGCCUGGGUGUCCUGGGCUACCUGCGCUUCGGGGCAGACAUUCAGGCCAGCAUUACACUCAACCUGCCCAACUGCUGGCUGUACCAAGCUGUCAAGCUGCUCUUCUCCUUUGGGAUUUUCUUCACCUACGCCGUGCAGUUCUACGUGCCUGCCGAGAUCAUCAUCCCUCCCCUCGUGGCCCGCGUGUCGGAGCGCUGGGGCUGGCUGGUCAACCUGCUCCUCAGGAUGGCCCUGGUGUGUGUGACCUGCGUGCUGGCCAUCCUCAUCCCGCGCCUGGACCUCGUCAUCUCCCUGGUGGGCUCCAUCAGCAGCAGCGCCCUGGCUCUCAUCUUCCCCCCGCUGCUGGAGAUUGCCACCUACUACUCGGAGGGCAUGCACCCCCUUGUGAUUGCCAAGGACAUCGCCAUCAGCCUCUUCGGCUUCGUGGGCUUCGUGGUGGGCACGUACGAGGCGCUGGUGGAGCUGGUGGCACCCGAGGCCACCGUGGUGAAUGCCACCACUGUCCUGGUGCAGUGACCAUCCCCUCGCCCUGCUGGCCCCU